UGACGCUACCUUCUGCGCGCCGGUGACCCAGCGCCUGUGGUCUCUGCUGGCCCGUCGCUCUCCUGCCCGGACCCACGCCCACGAUGCUGGCGCUGCGCUGCAGCCCCCGCCUGCUCGGCCUGCUCCCCGGCCCGCGCUCCGCGCACCUGCGCCUCCCCACGGCCCGAGCUUGCAGCAGCGGCGGCGGCUCCCGCGACCCGUCCUCUUCCCCCGGGAAUCCGCUCGUGUACCUGGACGUGGGUGCCGACGGGCAGCCCCUCGGCCGCGUGGUGCUGGAGCUGAAGGCAGAUGUCGUCCCAAAGACAGCAGAGAACUUCAGAGCCCUGUGCACCGGGGAGAAGGGCUUCGGCUACAAAGGCUCCACCUUUCACAGAGUGAUUCCGUCCUUCAUGUGCCAGGCCGGGGACUUCACCAACCACAACGGCACAGGGGGCAAGUCCAUCUACGGAAGCCGCUUUCCCGACGAGAACUUCAAACUGAAGCACCAGGGGCCAGGUGUCCUGUCCAUGGCCAAUGCAGGCCCCAACACCAACGGCUCCCAGUUCUUCAUUUGCACCAUAAAGACAGACUGGCUGGAUGGCAAACAUGUUGUGUUUGGCCACGUCAAGGAGGGCAUGGACGUCGUGAAAAAAAUAGAAUCUUUCGGCUCCAAGAGUGGGAAGACAUCCAAGAAGAUUGUCAUCACAGACUGCGGCCAGUUGAGCUGAGCCGCCACGGCCAGGGCCUAGGCUGGCGGCAGCUGCUGCACGGGAGCUGGCUCACCCAGGUGGCCGCCUUGGGCUCCUAGCGAAGGGGCCCCUUGGAGUUGCCUGUGGGCACUCCACCGUCUCUGUGCUCCGGGAAAGCCUCUCAGGAAUGUCCGACCUCACGGGACCCACCAGGCUACUUCCCCAGGGCCCACCCUCCCCCAGCGUCCUGUUUCUGGACUCCCAUCGUGGACACUGUGUCACUGCUCCUUGUCAGGUGUUACCUGUGAUUGCCCGGCCCACGUUCACCUGUGCCUUGGACCUUGGGGGAGGUGAUGGGUUAGCUUUGAAGGCAGUUUUUUGCCUUUUCUUUGACCAAGGGGGGAAAGCCAGUUGCUGUAAAGGGCUGUCAUAUCUGUUUAAUGUUGUCUUCCUAAUCGGAAUAAUUUAACAAGACUCCCUGGAGCUGAAGCUGUGACACUAAGUGCUGUGGGGUGACUUCAGUUGGUGGCACAGGCCACAGACCCACAAGCUUGGCCCUUGGAGCACAAUCCAGGCCUUUGUGACGGGCUCAUGGCUGAGGCCUUUCAUCCCAGCCACUGUGAAUCCUGUUGGUUUGCUGCUCUUGUGUUUGCAGAGACUCUGGGGGGGUAGAAGCGGCUGAACCUGGGAACAGACCCACUGCGAGAUGUGCCUGGUCAAUGUGAAUUCCCAAGUUGAAAACAAAAAUGACCUGUAAGCGCUGUGUGCUCUGGAAGGAAGUCAGUGUGCAUUUCCUGGUGGGCUUUGAUUUUUUCUGUGUUUUUAAUAAAUUAAAUCUACUGAUUAUGCAUACAAUACACUUCUGGAACAUUUAUUUGUGUUCACUUUAAAUGUGAAAAUAAAUCCUGUUUUUUAUGAAA